UGAAGUGAAUUCAUGGCGGGUGGUGGAGAAGGCAACUCCCUAGAGUUUACACCGACAUGGGUUGUCGCUGCCAUCUGUACUGUUAUCGUCGGGAUCUCUCUAGCUGUCGAACGUCUACUCCAUUACACCGGCAAGAAACUGAAGAAAUCAGGUCAAAAGCCGCUAUUUGAAGCGUUGCAAAAGAUCAAAGAAGAGUUAAUGCUCUUGGGGUUUAUUUCUCUUUUAUUAACCGUUUUCCAAUCAAGAAUUGUCAAGAUUUGUGUAAACGAGAGUUUAAUGGAACACCUUCUUCCAUGCUCGUUGAGUGACAAAAAAAAGGCUUCAUAUCCUAAACCCCUCAAGGGCACGUCUCAUAUUCGUCAUUUACUUGCGGGAGAAGCAACGACUAUGGGUUAUUGUGCUUCAAAGAACAAGGUCCCUCUUCUAUCCCUGGAGGCGUUGCAUCAUCUACACAUAUUUAUUUUUGUCCUAGCUGUUGUGCACGUGACAUUUUCUGUCCUUACUGUUGUAUUUGGAGUGACUAAGAUACGGCAAUGGAAGCAAUGGGAAGAAUCUAUCGCGAAAGAUAACUUUGACGCAUCACAAGUUUUAAAGCAUAAAGUCACACAAGUUAAAGAUAAUGACUUUAUUAGGAACCGUUUUCUGGGUAUUGGCAAACGAUCAACCAUUCGAGGUUGGCUGCAUUCUUUCUUCAAGCAAUUCUAUGGAUCUGUCACCAAGUCAGAUUAUGUAGCAUUGCGUUUGGGAUUUAUUACGACCCAUUGCAAGGCAAACCCGAAGUUCAAUUUUCACAAAUACAUGAUCCGAGCGCUAGAAGAUGAUUUUAAAAAAGUGGUUGGAAUCAGCUGGUAUCUUUGGGUGUUCGUGGUCUUAUUCUUGUUUAUGAACGUUAACGGUUUGGAACUAUACUUUUGGUUAUCAUUAAUCCCUUUCUUUCUUCUACUUGCUGUGGGAACAAAGCUGGAGCACAUAAUAAUCCAGUUAGCUCAUGAGGUUGCUGAGAAACAUGUUGCCAUAGAAGGCGAAUUAGUUGUGCAUCCGUCAGAUGAUCAUUUUUGGUUUCAACGCCCCAAAAUCGUUCUUUUCUUCAUCCAUUUUAUCCUCUUUCAAAAUGCAUUUGAGUUCGCAUUCUUCUUCUGGGUUUGGGCUCAAUAUGGCUUUGACUCAUGCAUAAUGGGGAAGGUGAGCUACAUUAUCCCCCGGCUGAUCAUCGGGGUGUUUAUCCAGGUUUUGUGCAGUUACAGCACUCUACCACUCUAUGCUCUUGUGACACAGAUGGGAACACAUUUUAAGAAGUCAAUAUUUGAGGAGCAUAUACAAGCCAAAGUUGUGGGUUGGGCUCAACACGCCAAGUGUAGGUCCCGUUUUUCUCGGAGGAUCCGAUACGUAACCUAUCCUUGUUUAUCACAAACGCUAUCACGGGUGCGGAAUCCCCGUAAAGGUGCAAACCAAACAAACGUAAAGCGAGUAGCACAAACAAAUAAUCAAAGAUUCACUUGGAUUAAAAAGACGAGAACAUUCACAAACAUAUACACACAAUGUUUGUCGAUAAACUCUCAGGUUUCAAUAUGCUCUCAUCCACUCUCAGUGUGUGUGUUUACAGUGUUCGCUCUCAAAUCUAUUCAGACUUGUCUUUUUUGUGCUCUAGAUGUUUCUGUUUGUUGUGAGUGUUUAUAUAGUGAAGCCAUGACGAAAUCAAGUGGCCCAUGAAAUCACAUUGACGAAAUCCAUCAUCAUUGACGAAAUCCAGUGAUUUCGUCACUAGGGGAUUUCAUCACAAGGUGUUUUCACCACAAGGUGAUUUCACCACAAGGGAUUUCAUCACCCAGGGUGUUUUCGUCACUUUGAUGUGAUUGGGCCUUGUCAUGUUAACUGGGCUUCUAUAAUGGACUUUGACAUCUUGGGCUUAGGCCAAACAAACAGACAGACAAACAUAAUCAACACAAACUAUAAUCUAAUAUGCAAACUGCACACACGCAGUUGCAUUUACAUCAAACGUUACGAAGUCAAUCGCAUACCGAGUCAAGACAGGA